AUGGAACUAAACAAUAUGGUCUACUACUGGAGUCAUGAUGAUGCUAAUUUCUGUCCCUUAUUCAUUAGGGUAAAAAAACAUGGUGGUCUUGGAAUAGUGACUAUUAUUAUGAAUACUACAAGAGAGAUGAUUGGACUUGCAAGGAUUGUUAAUGAGGAAUGUUUUAAAAGAGUAGUUGCUCUCAAGUUAGACCAUACUAGUGGAACAUAUGCAUUUAAUGGAGAAGAAAAUUCAGAAAUCAAUACGGAUGUUAGGAUACAAGUUACUGAACAAAAGGGUACACCAAAAGAUGGAUACGAUAAAUACACUCACAACCUUGUAGGAGGAGGUGGAUCAAUGAACAUUGUAUGCACAAGGCAUAAAAGCAAAUUUAUCAACUUCAAAGAAUCAGUGCUUGGUACCACAUGUUUUAAUGCACAUAUCUACUACUCGAAGGGUGAUGUUGGUCAUGAUAAACCCCUAAUUUUGGAGCUUGGCGCUGGUGAUACAUUUUAUAAGCUUAAUGGCAAAGAGUGGGUUCAUGAUCCAAACUUAAAAUCUCUUCAAUGUGGUUCUCCUAGCUGUCAUGAAAGGAUUAAUGUAGCUUCUUCUGAAGAUUCCAGUUACAACUACAAGAACUGCAAACACUCUAUUAGUGGUGGGAGUUCUCGAAAGAUUUCUAUAUCUUCAUUCACCUACAAGACCACUCCUCAAAAUGGGCUCCCAUCUGUAAAUGAAGUCACUGAGCUCUUAGCAUUCCAUUAUCCCCUAAGUGUAGGAACAACUUAUCCCCUCUUAAUUCACUAUAAAGUAUCCGAUAUUAAUAAAUGGUACAAGAAAACAAAAGUAGAUAAUACUUGGGAGGAAGUAUCUCAUAGUGAUAGACCUACUGACUAUAGUAGUGAAAAAGAGAAGAAAAAGAUUAAGAAACUCCUUUUAGAUCCUCACUCCCCAUCUGUUGUCUUGAAUAUUAAAAAUAGUGACAAGAGCAACAAAUCUGACAGAACAUCUGGUGAAUACUCUAAUCAUGAUAAUGAUGGAAAUAAGAUUAAAGUUGAUGCAGAGAAUUUUGAGGUGGAUGAUAAAGAACGAGGAACCGAACAGGGCGCUACUGAAUAUAAGAAAUACAAACACACUGUUGAGGGAAAGACACAUUUUAAACUUAGUUAUCUUAAGCACGGUGGAAAUAGACUCGAUGACAUAAAAUCUGAGGAAGUAUUGGUAGAGCUUGCAACAUACUACUGGGUUGGCGAUACAGCCUUUGAUAAUCCUCUGGUUGUCAUGUUAAAGGUAGAGAAAACGCCUAAAGCUGAGUACAUAUACUAUGGGAGAAGCAAUGAUCCCGGUAAGACUUGGCAAAAGAUUGAUAGAGAGAGUGAAAACCAGGAAAUUGGUGCUACGGAACUAAAGGUGAAGCUAGAUGAGCUAAAGGCAGAGUACUUUCCACCAUCAAACAUAGGGGAAAUUGUAGGAGGGACAGUUGCCGGAGGAAUAGGAACAGGAGGUGCCGGUUUUGGUGGAUAUAAUGCAGUGCACUCCCUACCUGUGGUAGUAAAGACUCUCCCUCUCUAG